AUGGAUCGAAAAUUAUGUGAAGAAAAUUCGACGAUAUCAUUGAUAAGAGAAGAACAGAUUAAACGUCACAAGAAAAUUGCCUUUUUUGGUAUCGCUAUUAGUACAAUAGCUACAAUAUGUAGCGUUAUUAUUACACCACUUCUUUAUUAUUAUAUUCAAACAAUACAAACAAGUUUGGCUAAUGAAAUAGAAUUUUGUCAACAACGUUCCAGAAAUAUAUGGAAAGAAUAUGCAUAUAUUGAGGAGAUGUUAAAGGGACAACGCUCACGGCGUAGUCGACGUCAAGCGUAUUACUACUACUAUUAUCCAGCAAUGAAUAAUAUAGAAAUACCAACCUAUGAAACAUUACCUUAUGAUACUCCAAUUGUGGAAUCAGUGAAGUUUUCUAAAUGUUGUAGCUGUGGAAUCGGUGAAGCUGGAGAGAUAGGACUACCUGGACCACCUGGAGAUCCAGGAGUUGAUGGGCUGCCGGGUAGAAAUGGUUCACGAGGUGCAGAUGCAACGGAAGGAUUUGAUUAUCGCUAUCAGCAAUGGUGUUUCGAUUGUCCACCAGCACCAGCUGGUCCUCCUGGUUUCCCAGGUCCAAAGGGACCACGUGGUCAACAUGGUGUACGAGGAGCUGAUGGACAAAAUGGCAUUGAUGGAUUGAUCGGAUUUCCUGGAGAACCAGGAGAACAAGGAAUUCGUGGAAGACCUGGAUUGAGAGGUAAAGCUGGUCAACCAGGAGAGAUUCAUAACAUACCCGGCUCGAAAGGAGAACCAGGACCACCAGGUUUGCGUGGUCCGCCAGGUUUUAUUGGUCAACGUGGAGAAAAUGGACGAAAUGGAUUGCCAGGACCACCGGGUUUGCCCGGCAAACAAGGACCACCAGGAUCACCAGGACGGCCAGGAGAACGUGGUUUCGAUGGACCUACUGGAAAAACGAGUGGUGAAAAUGAUUGUGAUCAUUGCCCAGUGCCAAAUUCUCAAUUCUAUCAUGGAUAA